AUGAAUAACGAUACGGAUUUUCAUGUCACAAACCAAGGUGAUUCUAAUAUGAGGUGGGGAAGGGAAUUACGUACUAGAUAUAGAAGAAAUUAUAGAACAAUGGAUAGGAUAAGUAAGCAGCAUCCUACCAGAGCUUGUCGUCUACGUUUAUCCACGAGGACAAUAGAUUAUUUUGAUGAUAUUGAUGAUAUAGAUAUCCCAUAUAACGAUGAUGAUGAAGAAGAUGUCGAUGAAGAUGAAACAAUAUUUUCACCUGUUAAAUCUAAAAGAAAAUACAGUACUGAUAGAAGAAUUAAUAAGGCAUCUCUGCCAUCGAGAACAUUAGCUCAAAAUAAUUUUACCGAGAACAACACUGCGAACGAAACAAAUGAAAAAAGUACUGAAAAUGGUAUCAAAACCGAAUAUGAUAAUGACCAAGAUGUUGAAGGCGAAGGAGAAGCUGAAGGUGAAGGUGAAGGUACUCAAACUGUUUUAAGAGGUUAUCCUCCAAUGUAUCGUGGGCAGGAGAAUGCGGUUGAAAAUGGAAGUAGCAAUGAUGAUGCAACAAGAGAUGAAGAAGUUCAGCAGACUGAAGAAAAUGAUACUAAACCAAUUGUUGAUAAUAGUGAAGAUUUAUACACUGCAAUUAAACGAAAAAGGCGACAAAGAAUCCCUUAUUCACCAUCUGCUGAUAUGACUGUAAAAUCCAGACUGAGGGAAAGGAGGAAUAGAGUUACCGUUAAUGCAGAUUCUUCGGAAUCGGAGGAAAGUCAGGCUUCAAGCGUUCAUCCUGUUCAGCGACGUCGUAGAUCUUUACGAAGAGAUGAUUCAAGCGAUGAAUCUUCAAGAAGGCGACCCAUGGCAGAUAAAGGAAAAGUUUAUCACCUUAGGCAAAAUAAACCCGCCGUGGAACGUUUUCAAGUCGCGAAUAAUAAUAGGCCCACGAGGCGAUCCUCUAGACUAGUCUUAUGUUCGGUACCUAGUCGUUAUCAAAGAAAAAAUGAAGAUUCCUCAUCAAGCGACGAAGAAAGGUUUCAAAGGAAAAAAGCUAAAAGUUUGGCCAAAGCCAGAAGUCGUUGUAUGCCAUUAAAUUACAAACCUUCGGAUUCAAAUCAGUUACAAAAAACUCCCGUUCAUUCUGCAAAAACUCCAGCAACUUCUGCUGGACCAAAAGGACCGGCCGAUGUUGAUCCAAUGGCUAUAGAUACAAGUAUUAGAUUUGAUAAAGUUGGAGGAUUAGAGAGUCAUUUGAAAUGCCUUAAGGAAAUGGUUGUUUUCCCAUUAAUGUACAGGGAAAUUUUUGACAAAUUUAAAAUUCAGCCUCCCAAAGGAGUUUUAUUUCAUGGCCCUCCAGGUACUGGUAAAACACUCAUAGCAAGAGCAUUGGCCAAUGAGUGCUCUCAAGGAGAUCGUAAAGUUUCAUUUUUUAUGCGAAAAGGAGCCGAUUGUUUAAGCAAAUGGGUUGGGGAGUCAGAGCGACAGUUAAGGCUGUUGUUUGAACAGGCUUUUCAAAUGAGACCAUCGAUAAUUUUUUUCGAUGAAAUUGACGGAUUAGCACCAGUAAGAUCUUCAAAACAAGAUCAAAUUCAUGCCAGCAUUGUAUCCACCCUACUAGCAUUUUUAGACGGUUUGGAUGAUCGCGGGGAAAUAAUCGUUAUAGGAGCUACUAACAGAAUAGACGCCAUAGAUCCCGCAUUGAGACGACCUGGGAGAUUCGACAGGGAAUUAUACUUUCCAUUACCAGGGAAAAAGGAACGAGAGGAAAUUUUAACGAUACACACAAAACCCUGGGAUUCACCUCCGUCUCAACAAUUGAUGGCGCAUUUAGCUGAAAAAUCCGUCGGAUAUUGUGGAUCCGAUUUAAGAUUGCUCUGCUCCGAAGCGGUAGUUCAAGCCCUCCGUCGUCGGUAUCCUCAAAUUUACAAAAGCUCUCAAAAACUCCUUUUACAAGCCGAUGCAGUCAACGUCGAGGAAGAAGAUUUUAAAAUAGCUCAAAGUAGAAUAAUACCUGCCAGCUCUCGCGUGAAUCCCAGCCCACGGUCUCGUCUAUCAGAUAUCGUCGCUCCUCUUUUGGAGGCUCAAUUAGAUACAUCAAUUUCGGUUAUAAAAAAUAUAUUUCCACAUUCAUUACCUGUUUCUAAAACUGAAUUGUGUAAAAAACCGAUUUAUAGACCACAUUACGUAGUCUGCGGCUCCGAUGAAAAUUUCGGACAAACAAGUCACAUAGCUCCUGCUCUGUUAGAUUUUAUGGAACAUAUUCCAAUGCACACGAUAAGUUUAUCAACCAUUUUCGAACUGAGUAAUAGAAAUCCAGAGGAAGCUAUCAUACAGAUAAUACGAGAAGCCACGAGAAAUCCUCCCUCCGUAAUUUAUUUGCCAUGCAUCGACAAAUGGUGGGACCAUUUAUCAUUCACUGCCCAUGAAAUACUAUUAGAUAAAAUUCAAUCCAUUCCCAUAACUUCUCCUGUACUAUUGUUAGGAACUAGUCAUUCAAGUUAUUCCGAUUUAAAUAGUGAGAUAAAAAGUAUUUUUAAGUAUGAUUCGAUGGACAUGAGAAAACCAAACAGAGACGAAAGAGAAAAAUUUUUUAAACCCUUAUUUAUGGAACAUUGUUUGAAAAUCCCGGAUCCUCCCGAACCGAAAGAAGAAGACUGGGAAGAACUUCCGAUAGCUCCUCCUCCUCCGCCGCCCCCUCCGAGUUCGUUAGAAAUGGAAGAAUUACAUAAUCAAGAAGAGCACAAACUUCGGGAGCUUAGAAUAUUUUUAAGGGAUAUUUGUUCGAAAUUGGCGAGGAAUCGUCAAUUUUUUAUGUUCACGAAACCCGUCGACGUUAAAGAAGUUCCCGAUUAUUUGAACAUAAUUAAAAAACCAAUGGAUUUGGAAACCAUGAUGACGAAUAUCGAUCUUCACCGAUACAAUUCCGCUCAAGAAUUUUUAUUCGACGUUGAUCUUAUCGUGAGAAACGCUUUGGAAUAUAAUCCAGAAAGAGAUUCGGAAGAUAAAUUAAUAAGGCACCGAGCAUGUUCUCUACGUGACACGGCUUACACUCUGAUCAAAGCGGAAAUGGAUACGGAUUUCGAAGAAGAAUGUAGAAAAAUAUCGAAGAAAAGACGUGAGAAAAAAGAAGAAGAGGAAAGGUUGAAAUUGGAAGAGAAAAAUAAUUCUGAAAAUGAGACGGAAAAUAAUAAUACGGUUAAUAGUAGUCAUCCGUUGGAACCAUUUUUAACGACUUGCAAUUCGAAAGGAUCUAUCAAUUCGGAAAACAAUGGAGGAAAGAAAAAGGAAAAUGGAAAAGUGAAAUCCGAUCCACCUUUGAGCACGUAUUUAAAUUCGUCGGAAAGAAUAAAAAGGAGGAAAAAAAUGGAUUGGGCGAGAGGAUUGUUAAGGAAAAAGAUAAAGAAAAAUGCCAACUCUUCUAAAAAUUCAAACGAAGGAGGAAAUGGAGGAAAUGGAGGAGGAGGAGGGGGAAAAGGAGGAGAUGGAGAAGAAAAAGAAAUUAAAAGCGAAUUAAAUUCAUCAUUUAGCAAUUGCGAAUCUUCUUGUCACGUGAUCGAUGGAUCAUUUCAAGAUUCGGAUAAAACAUUAGAACAAGGAACGAGCGUCAAAAUGAACAAUUCAACAAAUUUUAACGAAAAUAAUAAAAGGCCGAGAUCGAUUUCGAAUUCUUCGUCUAAUCAAAAUGGUAAAUCUCCGUCUAGUUCACCGGAAAAAAAUUUCGUCGAUGCUCCCGCGAUGAAUUCGUGUAAAAAACGGAAAACCGGUAGGAAAAAAUUAGAUCUGGACUCGGAAAAGGAUUCGAACGACGAAAUAAAAAUAAACGUGAAUGAAUUAGAAAAUUUAUGGAAGGAAUUGACGGAAAGAACGGAAAAUUGUUCACUAGAAAGUUUACUCGAUUGCCACUCGAUGCUUUUUAGAAUAAUAUUUAAAUAUCAAAACGUUUGGGAUCGAAGCGAACUUAUCGAGGAAUUAACAACCGAAUUUAUAAAAUUAGAAAAACUUUGUUUAAUAAAUAAAAAGACUGAUGAUGAUGUUAGCCGUAUGGAAUCGAUGUCGUGGGAAAAAAUAGAAAACGAUGAGAAAAACGAGAAUUCAACGAAGAUGGCGACGACGACGACGACGACGACGACGACGAAUGGAAAAAAAGAAGGAGAAGAAGAAGAAUUAAAAUCGGGAACGGAAACGGAAGCGGAGUAA